AUGGUGAAUGUUACAUGCUUCCCGUAUCUACGACCGUAUCCUACGGACGACAAGACCCUGAUGGAUUCAGAAAGCGAUCGCUCGACUGUAUACGUGCCGAGAUUCCUGAGUGAGCCUUGUCAAGUUCACCGACAGGAGUAUACCAGGUCUGGAGCGGAUGACACACAGAAUCCCUAUUUGAGCCCGGUACAAAGGAGCGAUUAUGAUGCUGGAUUUUCCGGACCACCAAUCCUCAGAUUGCACCCAGGCUGA